UUCUAAUUGCUCAUCUGUUAGGCAGUCCAAUUAGUAACUCAACAAGCUUAGAAGAACAUCAGGAUGUUUAGAGUUGCUUGAAUACCUGCCUGUAUAGGAGGUGCUCUCAGUUUCUGUUAACAACAAUGGGUUUCAACCAAGUGGGGUUUGAUGUAGUGUUGUUUUUGGCAGUUAGCUUGUCAGUAACACAAUGGCCAGGAUUGAGGAAUGUUAGUGUUGGGCUUCAACCUAACAAACCAGGUCAUCCUUCACUGUAAGUGAGUGCUGGGUUGCCUUCUCAGUGGGCACAAAAUGAUCCCCAGAGUGGAAGCCCUGCAGUAGCCCCACUUGGAUUGCACCUUCAAAAUCCUUUAGAUGCUCAAGACCAGCAAGUAAUGCAAAGGCCAGUGAAGAAACUGACUUGGCAUUUUCCAGCAGCACCAGUGAACUUUGUGAGACUGUUUAAUGCUGUUCCUACCCAGAGAGUAACAGCAAUGUGCAAUGAGACUGCAGCGUAUAUAGAGCUUUCCAGAUUCCACAAUGUGAGCAGCAAUGCUCUCCUGCCUGCUUGGAUUCCAUAUGCUUCUGCUCAAGCUGCUGAGGAACAUCUCAUUUUCCCCUUGAGGCUCAUGAUGGAUGACUGGAUAUCUGAAAGGCCUUCCAACUACAAUUACCACCUGGGAGAGCUUAUAAAUAUUGAGGCAUGGGUAGUGCAGUUCAACCAUGUGCCCCUGCAUGUCCUUGUACACAGCUGUGUGGCCACUGCUGUCCCUGAUAUAAAUGCAGUCCCCAGAUAUUCCUUCAUUGAGAACCAUGGGUGCUUGACUGAUGCCAAGCUUACGCAGUCCAGUUCCCGCUUCAUGCCCCAAACUCAAGCAGCUAAGCUGGGGUUUCAGAUGGCGGCAUUCAAGUUUCAGCAAGUGAACAGUAGCUGGUUCUAUAUUGGAUGCAUCUUGAAGGCAACAGCAGCAUCUGCCCCUGCUGAUGCUGAGCACAAGGCUUGUUCCUUCUCAGGCAAUAGGUAUGAAGUUGUUGCAGCAGCAGCUAUGGUUCAAGGAAGGGACGUGAUCUCCCAUCAGAGCAAGGAAUUUGGGAGAACUGUUGGUGUUCAUGUUUGCAGCUGGAGAGAGAAGUGAGAAUUGGCCCAAUCAUGGUUCUGGAAAAUGUUUGGUAGUCCAAUGACCCUUUUUAUAAAUAAAUUUUUUUAUCACUUC